UUUCUCUACGAAUACGAACGAAUACGACGACGGAAUUAUGUGCGUUCUGUCUAGAUAUUUGUUUUAAUUAAUUUUUUCGAGCCCAUAGGGGAAUACAAAGUGCCAAUUCCAAUACAUAUUCUUGGUGGCUCUAGUUCGAUUAAAUAAAUUAUUAUUACCUAUAUAUUUUAUUUUUAUAAUGUAAUAUUCUUAUUGUAAAGUAUUGAAUUUCCUCGUAUUGUCUUUUUAUGUAAAGUGUUUUGGUUGAAUAAAGUUUCUUUGUGCACCGGAAUUUGUGUUUUUGUUUUGUUGCUAAAACAAUGGCGAGUAGAGCUUCGCGUCGCCCUAAUUUAAGGAAUCUAAAUCCUGUUUUUCACAAACGGGAAAAAUCCGAGGAUAACAGCGAACUAUCACAUGGAAUGAUAAAACAAGCCCGGAAAUCGGGUGUUUUAAAUCUAUCGGGAAGAGGAUUGGCCACAGUUCCGGAUAAAGUAUGGAACCUUCAUGAGCCCGAAAAAGAAGUCGAAGUUACUUUGGACACAUUGAUGGAAAGGGAAGAAGAUGCCUGGUGGAAUCAAAGAGCCUUGACGAAUCUCGAUCUAAGUUCGAAUACUUUAACAAGUAUUUCACCAAACAUUCAAAACCUUCACGCUCUGACAGUUUUAAGUUUGUAUGAUAAUGCUUUGACUUCAAUUCCGAAAGAAAUAGGCCAAUUGGAAAAAUUGACAAGAGUUAAUUUGAGCCGUAACAAACUCAAGGAACUGCCAGCUGAAUUUUUCCGCAUUCGAGAUCUUAAACAUUUAACUUUGGCAUAUAAUUGUUUUGAAGAGUUAAAUCCAGAUGUGAGCGAUUUACAUAUGCUGGAGGUUUUGGACGUGUCAAAUAAUAAUUUAAAAUCGCUUCCGGGUGGUAUUGGGUUUCUAGUACGACUAACUCAACUUUUAUGCUCAUAUAAUCAUCUCAAAGAACUACCCGAUGAUCUAGUUAAUAUGAGAUCCCUCCAAAAGUUAGAUUUAAUGCACAAUGAUCUAGAAAGUUUACCAAUGGAUAUAGGUAGUUUAAGAAAACUUCAAUGCCUCUACGCUCAACAUAAUGACAUAAGGUUACUGCCCGAUUUUGAUGGAUGUGUUGAACUUCAAGAACUUCAUAUUGCCAAUAAUUUUAUUAAGGAAGUACCUGGGGAUCUUUGCUCAAAAUUGCCACAUUUAAAAAUUUUAGAUUUACGUGACAAUAAGAUUGAAAAACUUCCAGACGAAAUUGCUCUCCUUCAGAGUUUAAUUCGAUUAGACUUAUCCAAUAACUCAAUCAAUAGUCUACCAAACUCACUGCACACUUUGGCUCAUUUGGUGAGCCUUCAAGUCGAGGGAAAUCCAAUUAAAUCAAUUCGACGUGAUAUUCUUCAGUGUGGAACUGGACGAAUUUUAAAGACUCUACGAGAUCGAAGUCAAUUGGACGCAAGUACAAUGCCCGAAGUUAAAGAUUCUGCAUUGGUUGGUGAAGAAAAUAGCAUAUUUCCUGACAAGUUCAAAAUACGUAAAACUCGAAGCCUUAAUGUAGCAAUGCAAAACAUUUCAACAAUACCAAUUAAAGUCUUCCAGGAUGCUCAAGAAGAGGCAGCAAAUAUUGUUGAUUUAUCGAAAAAUCGAAUAGAAGAUGUACCUGAAGGACUUGAAAAGCUGGUCGAUUGUGCCACAGAAAUUAUUCUGUCCCAGAAUUUAAUAUCAUCUAUUCCAGUUUUUAUGACGCAGUUCUCGAGACUUAGCCGUCUCGAUGUAUCGUGUAACAAUCUUUCCGAUUUGCCAAACGAGUUUGGAGGUUUGGCUAUGUUACGGGAGCUCAAUAUAGCAAAUAACAAGUUUAAGCAUUUUCCGUCAUGCAUUUAUGAACUUCAAGGCCUUGAAAUUCUUCUAGCUCGAGAGAAUCAAAUAGAAAAAAUUGAUGCCUCGAACUCUGGUCUGGGAGCCUUAAAACGAUUGGCGACUUUGGACUUGAGAAAUAACAACAUUGAACAUGUUCCACCAAUUUUGGGGAAUUUAAAAAAUAUAACGUGUUUAGAUAUAAUUGGAAAUCGUUUCCGACAGCCACGUCAUCAAGUUUUAGAGAAAGGAACUGAUGCAGUUAUGUCUUAUCUUAGAGAUAGAAUUCCAAAUUAGCAAAUAAUGGUUUUCUAAUUUCUUUUUAAUUUUUUCAAAUCUAAAAGAAAGCCUUAUAUAAACACAGCGCACUAGCUCAAGCUUUUAUUUUUGAAUUUUGUUACAAAAUAUUUACCACAGAGAGUUUUUUACUAGUCAUACGAAUGUUUUAUGCAAAACACUUUAUUUUAUAGUUCUUUUUGUAUUGAGAAGAGGAACAGUCACAAAAGGCACAAAUUGAUCAAGUUAAAAAAAUGUUACAAAAUCUAUAUGAUAUUAUAUUAUUACGAAAAAAAAUUAUGUAUUUCAAAUAAAACUUAUAUAACUUUUUGACAUUUGCCAUUAAAUUAA